CUGUGCUUCUGUCAAACUCUUUUCAUUUUUAGACUCUGGUCUGUGAGGCUCAAGGUACUGGUUUGUAACCUGAACUGUUUUAAUCUUCUCAUCAACUUAACCCCUGGUGUAUCUGCUGUGUUUCAACACACUUUUCAGAAGAAGAAGUUGGAACUUGUUACGAAGUGCCAUGUUUCUCCAGUUGUUUCUCUCUGCUUGAUGUGAAUAUGAAGCUGGGAAAAGAGCACUUUGUGGAAAUGUCCACUUGUCAAAAACCUCACAUUUUCCAGCGCUUCCCUCAUUAUCACUGUGGAGUGUUUACAGUGUCUUCAUUAGCCGACAGCCUCCAGAUGAUAACGGAGCUUUAAAAGGACAUCAAUGAUGGUGAUAAGCAGGCCAUGCUAGUUUUUUUUUUUUUCCGGUUGACACCAGUCGCUCUGUUUACUCUUGGAGCAUGGGAGCGGAUAACAGGACCGUCAUUCUUGAGCCGGGGAACGCCGUUUUCAAACUUUGCAACCGCAAACUCUCAUUUCAGAAGCUAAAGUCGUCGCCUGCUAAGACUCUUUUAUCAAAAUGAAGAUAUCUGGGUCCUUCCUGCUCCAGACGUGCGUGACUCUGGUGGUCUCCAUCACCUCCUGCACCUGCAAGCCUCUCAGCAACAACUCCCAAAGCGAAGGUCUGGAGAGGCUCUACUUGGAGCUGUCGGAGGACGUGUUGGAGGAAGAAGACAAGGAGUCACAAAUGGAGGACUAUUUGGAAAGCAUGAAGGAAGGUUUCCUGAGGCAACUCAACCUUUCGGACGUUCCACAGGAGGAUCGCAAGAUCUCGCCCUCUCAGUUCAUGGUGGAGCUGUACAACAAGUACUCCUCAAACCGGUCGGUGGUCCCUCAGUUUGAUGUCAUACGAAGCUUCGCCGUCCAAGAUGUCAUGACAAUCGGCCCAAAGUCAAGGUUCCGGCUGCAGUUCAACGUCAGCAUCCCGAACCACGAGCAGAUCAUCACCGCUGAGCUGCAGCUCUUCUUCUCCCCAGAUACCGGGUCAAAUGUAACGUCGCAGAGUUUCAAAACCGCAGUCAAAGUCUACGAAGCUAACGGCGACAACUCCACCUCGUCUUCCCGUCCACUGGACAGCGCAGACGUGUCGGCCUUGCAGAGCACAUGGGCCACGUUUGAUGUGACGGCAGCCAUUAGGAGCGGGAUUGGGUUGGGCCGUGGCGCGACAGCGCUCGACGUGGCGGUGGACAGGGAGGACUGCGACGGAGCAGAGGAGGGAGCCGGCUGUCUGAACAUGAGCGCGUCUGUCGGAGACGAUUCCGCAGCUGCUUUAAUAAUCUUCUCGGACGACUUUAACAGCAGGAGGACGGAGAGAAAGAAAGAGCUCAGAGAGAUGGCCCUCCGUGAGGAAGAUCUUUUCCUUCACACGGGGGCCGACUGGGACCGAGGCCAUCGGGCGCCGCGCGAGACCCCCCGCGUUCGGCGCCCGCGGCGAACAAAACGCAAGGCGGACGGGGAGUACUGCCGCAGAACCUCGCUCAGGGUCAGCUUCAAAGACAUCGGCUGGAACAGCUGGAUCGUGGCGCCCCCGGAGUACGACGCCUUCGAGUGCCGUGGGAUGUGUUCCUACCCGCUGACGGACGAGUCCACCCCGUCGAGGCACGCCAUCAUCCAGACGCUGCUGAACCUCAGGGACCCCAAGAAGGCCAACAUGGCUUGCUGCGUGCCCAUAAAACUGGACCCCAUCACGGUCAUGUACAAGGAGAACGGGCGCAUCACUAUCAGAUACCUUUAUGAGGAAAUGAAGGUGGCGGAGUGCGGCUGCAGGUAGUUGGAAAAGAGUCGGGAUAAAGCAGGUGGAAGAGGUGAAUUGUUUUGUGUUUUAAACACAGCUUAUGCCAGAAAGGUUAAAGGUUAAGCAGUUGUUGACUUGUGCUUACCCUACGAGGAAUGUUAAAGUAUUCUCUAUCAACACACUAACGUGUUAAGUAGCAUUGAAAUAGUUGACAUGCAGCUUUAUCAGCCUCUCAAGCUGCAUUUUCUUUUGAAUAUUUUGGAUUUUCUCUACAAAACAAUCCACAAAUACUCAACCACAAAGAGAUGGGUUUCCACUGUAAUGUCUUCAACACUCCUUUGAUUAAGGGAUUGCACUUUCAGCAUCGCCAUUGCCUUAUUGUUAAAUUCAAAUAAAGAAUUAUUAUUGGUAAGUAAUUAUUUUUCUAGCAUUUGAAAUGACACCAACUUGCAGGAAAUCAAAAUACAGACACUUUUUGCAUUUAGUAUCUUAGACUUGCCAAUUGUGUAUAACAGUAUUGUCCCCAUGCCUGUUGACAAAAAAGCAUCCCCAGAGGAUGAUUUUGCCAGUACCGUGUUUCACUGAGCAGAUGGAGUUUUUUCAGUAUUCUGUGUCAAGUUUUUACCCCACACAUGGACCAUAGAUGUAGGUAGAACAUUGUAUAACUACAUUGAACAGUGGUCACAUUGUUCACAGUUCAGGACUUUAAUCUGGACGUUAACCCUUUUGAACCUGAGCUUCCUCCCUGUUCAUGAUGCCGUUUGAUCUCUGACAAACCACUGAGGCCAGAAACAGAAACGGAUUUACACUGAGACUAAAUCGCACACAGGUGGACUCCAUUUACUAAAUAGGUAGUUUAUGGUGGUCCAUAACAUACAAAUCUCAAAAUACAUUAAAGUUUGUGGCUUUGAUGUGCCAAAAAGUGAAAAGUUUCCAGAGGUAUGAAUAUGUUCUCAUUUGUAGGGUUUAAUCUCAGGUUGUAGUUAAAAUCUGACAAGAAUCCGUUUGGUUUUUUUUUGUUUGUUUUUUUACCAGCUUCUAGUAAAAGCUCACAGUAGCAAUAAUAAAGUGAAAGGGUAAAUACCCAAUAAGGCAUCAUAACAGCUCAAUUUGUACAUUAACUGGUAAAUAGAAAUGUGUUUAAUAGUAAUAUGUACUUUAUCAGUAGCCUGUAAAUAACUGCUUCCACGUAUUUGAAUAAGUUAUGCUAUACAUGGAUCAUGGAUGCUUGUCUCUAAUCGAUUAUGUCAAUCAAAUUAUACAGUUUUGCUGCAAAAUUCCCCUAAAAUUGUAUUGAGUCUUCAACCUCAUUUUCUGCUUCCCAUGUCAAGACUUUUACAAAAGAAAGGUAAUGUAAAUAACAUUAAAAAAAUUACACCACCCCAUGUUUGACUAUGAUUCGUUUCCUGGAGGUACUUUGGAUGUUCGUCUAUGAACUCCUGUAGGAUUUCCCACUGUUUUCUUGGAGUCAUUUCCAAAGUGUGGCCCUUCACCAAUGUUUCUGUUUCAGUUUUUAUUGCAUGUACUGUUAGAUUUGUAAACAUUUGAAGUCAGUGACAUCGGCUUAUCAGAAGUGGAAAGGGGACAUGAUUGUGCAAACGC